AUGACUCCCUCAAACAACCUCGCCUACACCGCGCCCAUCAACCCGCCCUCCGCAUCGCCUAAACUCACGAUCUCGCAGAUCUGGCAAGGGCUGGAGCGGAAGAUUCGCGCCGGACAGGACUUCGUCGGUGGCGCCAUCCUCUCCACAGACGUCGUCUCGGAAUCCACAGACAGCGAGGGCCGUCCCGUCACGGUGCGCGAGAUCGUGUUCCGCGACGGCAACCGGAGGGUGAAGGAGACGUGUGUGGCCUUCGAGGCGAUGAAGGUCGAGUUCCACCAACCCGACGGCUCCAAGGUCCAGAACAUCAUCUCGCAAGGGGCGGGCGCCGAGUGCGAGGAUCUCUACAUGACUUACACGUUCGAGUGGCUGCAUCCGGAGUGUGAGGGUGACAUCAAGGCGCUGGAGGAAAAGAGGCAGAAGGAGACCAAGAUAGCCAAGAUGGCGGUCGAAGAAACCAUCAGGGUGAUGAGAGAGAUGGUCAAAGACGGCAGGAUCAAGUAG